CGGCAUGUACGGAUUUUAAUAUGUUCCAAAAGCGCGGGAAAAUUUGAUAGCUCAAUAAUAAUGUCUAAACGUAAAGGUCUAAGUGUUGAAGAGAAGAGGCAUAGAAUGAUGGAGUUCUUCUUUGAGAAGAAAGAUUUCUUCCAGCUGAAGGAGUUGGAACGACAGUGUCAGAAAGAGAAAGGGAUUACGUCCAUGUCAGUGAAGGAGAUUCUCACUAGUCUUGUUGAUGACGGUAUGGUAGAUACAGACAAGAUUGGUACUUCUGUUUACUUUUGGGCAUUCCCCAGCAAAGCUAGCCAAAACCGAAAAAGGAAAAUUGAUGACUUGGAAGCUAGACUGGCAGAUGCAGAAAGUAAAAAACUUAACUUAAUGGAUGCUGUAGAAAAGGCUAAAGUGGGUAAAGAAGAAUCUGAUGAUAGAGAUGAGAUUCUGUCGAGACUGAGUGAGAUGCAAGGGGAGAAAACUCAGAUGGAAGCAGAACUUGAGAGAUACCGGGAGUGUGACCCUGAUGUCAUUGAAGAACUGAAACAAGAGACAAAAAUAGCCAAAGAGGCUAGUAAUAGAUGGACAGACAAUAUAUUCUCUACAAAGUCAUGGAUAAAGAACAAGUUUUGUUUUGAAGAGUCCGUAAUAAACAAACAGUUUGAAAUACCAGAAGAUUUGGAUUACCUGGAAUGACAUUUUAUAUUUCUUACAUUGUUUAUUUUAUUUGUUCAUGUUAUGUUCAUGUAAAAAAAUGUUCAUGAAAUCACUUUAUUUUACAAUAAAUUUGUUACAUUUCUUAAAACUUUACGAAGAUUGUAAUUUGAUUUUUGUUAUUAUCUUGAAAAACCUUUACUUAGAUCUAAGAGACUGUUAAGGCUCAUUAUGCUUCAAAAUCAUAUAAAUUUCCCCUUAAUAUCGAGUUUAAUGUUUCAAUAAUGACUGCCAAUUACCUGAAGGUAGUAGCACUGAAUGUGAAAUAACUCAUCAUAAAAGAAGCAAAAUAUAAACAAAGUAGUAUUUUGACUUCAAUACAAAAUUCUAAAUCACUAUAACUGUACUUAUUGCCAAAAAGUAACAGAAACAACAAAUGGUUCAGGUAAUUGGCAAAGGAGACUAAAACAAGGCACAAACAAUAAAAAGCUUUCAAGAAAUUGAAAAAGAACAACUAAGCUUUUUCUUGGUUGUAAUGCAUCAUGGGCUUUUAAAACUCUAGAAAGUUAAAAUGUUGUUGAUAAGGAAGAUUAAACUUCUCAGAUUAAAACCACACUGUAAAAAAAUACCAUCAUAUGACCACACAAUCAGUUACCUUAUUUUGCCUAUUUUAUACUAAAGGUAGGGCUUCUCCUACUUCUUUUACAUACUUCACACAUUUGUUAUUUUCCUUUAACAUUUUAUAAAGGAGGAUAUACAUGUAUAUGUAUACAGUGUACAUGUAUGUAUCCUUACCUACUGUGCAUAAGAGCUUAUAGACCAUAAAUAAAAUGACAGUAGAAAAACCAAGCACUUGUGAGAAAUUAUAAGUUGAACUAGUAGUGAUAUUAAAUUCGUAGUGUUUAAAUGCAUUUCAAAUUAUGGUUCAUUUUUAUGCUGCAUAUAGUUGCUGCUUUGUCUGUCUGUCUGUCCGCUAUUCUUGUACAGGACAUAACUUUGAAACAACAAGAAGUAUCAACAUGAAACUUUCUAGGUAGAUAGAUCUUAUUGAGUAGAUGUGCAAUGUACAUGAACCGUUACUCUGCCUUGCCUAAUUUUGGAAUUAUUGCCCUUUGUUUAUUUUUAGCUCACCUGUCCCAAAUUGACAGGGUGAGCUUUUGUGAUCGCUUUUUGUCCGUCAGCCGUCCGUCGUCCGUAAACUUUUACUUUAAAUGACAUCUCCUCAUAAACCACUAAGCCAAUUUCAUCCAAACUUCACAGGAAUGUUCCUUUGGUGGUCACCUUUACAAAUUGUUCAAAGAAUUUGAUUCCAUGCAGAACUCUGGUUGCCAUGGCAACCAAUAGAAAAAACUUAAAAUAUCUUCUUUUAAAAAACCCAAAAAGGUAGAACUUAGAUAUUUGGCAUGAAACAUCUUCUAGUGAGUGUCUAUCAAGUUUGUUCAAAUAAAAGCCCUGGGGUCAAAAUUGGCCCCGCCCCGGGGGUCAUUGAUUUUCCCUUUAUGCAUAUAGUAAAAACUUAAAAAAUCUUCUUUUAAAAAACCCAAAGAGUUAGAGCUAAGAUAUUUAGCAUGAAACAUCUUCUAUUGGGUGUCUACCAAGUUUGUUCAAAUAAAAGCCCUUGGGUCAAAAUUGGCCCCGCCCAAGGGCGUCAUUAAUUUUCCAUAUAUGCAUAUAGUAAAAACUUAAAAAAGUCUUCUUUUAAAGAACCCAAAGAGCUAGAGCUAAGAUAUUUAGCAUGAAACAUGUUCUAAUGGGUGUC